UUGCAGUCAGGGAUACUUGGGCCUCGUGUAGUACACGCCGCGGUCAAAAACACGGUGCGCUCCGUGCUCCCAACUGCGCAUGCGUAAACAGUACCUGGUUGGUAUGGAGCAUUAUCCACGGCGGCGGGUGGUGACUGCAUCGGUUAGCACUACGGCGUCGAGGUGUUAAAUGGCAAACAUACGUAUAUGCUGCUACUGGGCUUUCUGCACUACAAGCUAGCGGUUGUCAACGUACAAUCAUGGCUGCCUAUGCGUCUGCUGGGAAAGGGAAUCACAAAGCCAGCGCUUCCAGAGGAAGUGCGAAAUCAAACGAAGAGUCUCCUUCGCAGUCCCGGGAGAUAAUAACGCCGUCCAUCGUGGAGCUGACCAAAGAAGUGAGGACUAACAUACUCUGCACUGUGGAAAGCUGUGGGAAAAUCCUCCCCAACACACCUGCGUUGAACAUGCAUCUGGUGAAAUCCCACAGAGUGAAGGAAGGCCUCGUCAACCCUACCAUUAGGAAAGAGCUGACUGCGUCCAAGAAGCUUUACAGCUGUCCUAUUGAGGGCUGCCCCAGAGGCCCUAACAGGCCCUUCUCCCAGUUUUCACUCGUCAAACAACACUUUAUGAAAAUGCAUGCAGAGAAGAAGCACAAAUGUUCCAAAUGCAACAAUGGCUACAGUACGGAGUGGGACCUGAGGAGACACACGGAGGACUGUGGGAAGACCUACCGGUGCACCUGCGGAUGCCCGUAUGCAAGUAGGGCUGCACUGUUGUCUCACAUCUACCGGACGGGACAUGAGCUCCCCACAGAACACAGGAUUCCCCCAGUGAAGAAACGUAAGAUGGAGAAACUGAUGAGCAGUUCUGUUAAGGUGCGGCAAAACGAGUCAACCUGUCAAAAUCUAAGUGCCAACAAGGAACUAUCAGUGGGUUGUUUUUCUGCGGAAACAAAUAGUCAUGCACCAGACACGUCCAAUCCAACCUCAUACCUCCAGAGAAGCCACAAAAAAAUGCUCCUGCCCAAGCCCAAGAUGGCCCUGGUCAAUUUCCCUGUGAUGCAGCUGACUCACCUCCCUGUCCUAGUACCAUCCACAGAGAGUGGUGCUCUGAGGUCCGUCGUGCUUACGAUGGACUGCAAGGGCUCCCUCAGCGCUCUUCAGCUGCUGCCACAAGCAAUGGGGGCUAUGGUGCCCCACCUGGACUCCAAAGCCCUGGGCUUCAAGGAGAGCUUCCUUUCCUCGCGUUCUAGCCUUGGGCCCAUCAGCACUGGGGUGCAGGUGAGUCUAGAGCCUUUGUACUCACAGGAUCCAGCCAGUGGCCUUGGAGGUCUUCAUGGUAGAAGCACAUCCACAAACAUUCAGACGGACAUAUCAUGCCUAUCUAGGAUGCCCUUAGGGGCAGGAGUCGGUGUAGGUAUGGGAGUGUGUGCGGUUGGUGAUCCACCCGUGUCUUCUUGUGCCCAGACAGACAUAAGUGUCAGUGCCGAGGUGCUUCUGCCCGUCAGUGUGGAAACUCAGACGUUCCCCUCCACCAAAGCUAAAUCCACUAUUGCCGCUCAGACAGACGGUCUCUGCCUCAGCCAAAUACCCUGCUCUGGCCUGUUGGUUUCUGCCCCAACCUCCAGGCAGACCCAGACAGGCUGCCCGAGUGCUGUGUCGCAGUCCAGGGACAGGGUUCAGGUCGACCAGGCGGUGAUGUGUUCGGACCUGUUUGCUAGUGACUUUCUGAGCGUCUCCACACAGACUUCUCUAGCCUUGGAACAAUCUGCGGCCGCAGGAGUGGGCAGUCUCUAUGAGGACGUGAAGUCGGCAGGGCCUAUGUGUUUCGGUGUCCAGACCGACGACCUCAACUCCAAUAGUAUGUCGGACAACCAGACCCAGACCAUGACCUUCCUCCACGACCUGGAGAACAUGUUGUCUGACUCGAUGUCGGGCCACCAGGUGCUGGAGGAUAACACUGCAGGCUGUGGGCCAGGCCUGGACUCUGUUCAAGACCAGCACACGGGUAUCGACUUUGACUUUGAAGAGUUCCUUAAUACCGUGCACAUCCAGACCCAAACGGAGGAGAGUGAGCUCAGAGGGCUGGGCAGUGACACACCGCUGGAGUCUCUGGACAUUCAGACCCAGACUGACUUCCUCUUGCUGGAAGAACUGGAACAAAGCACUGGGCACAGUCGAACGCAGGCCACUGACCUCGAACUGGAAAUGUUUGACACGCACACGCAAACUGACCUCAACUUCCUGCUGAGUGCCGGCAACCGCAUGCCGCUUGGCAGCAUCCUGGGACACUCCAGCUUCUCCAUGAGCACAGAGUCGUCUGACACGGAGACCCAGACGGACGUCCCCCCUCCGCCUCUAGGCCUUUCGCCCCAGCUCCCCGUCCCUCACACGGAGCAGGGCCGGUUGCUGAGCAGCACAGAGACCCAGACCAGCACCUGCCAGGUGGACGGCCUCUCGCACCUCUUUCUGACCAGCAACGAAACCCAAACGGUCAUGGAUGACUUCCUGUCGGCGGACCUGGCCUGGAAUAUGGAGUCCCACUUCAGUUCCGUGGAGACCCAGACGUGCGAGAGUCUGUGGGCCCUCUUACGGCACCCGGACAAACCCAACAGUUGA